GUUUUUGCUUGGGGUGUUUGUUGUGACAGAACUGGUCAGACAGUCUCUUCGGACAUUUUUUUAUUUGCCUUUGUAUUGGUUUUGUUGGACUUGAGUAUCGAUCUGGUGUUUCUUGGUGGGUCAAGCGCGAGGCAGGUGGCCAUUUUGACAUAUCCUCCAACAAGCUCCCCUUUGUACGCAAAUCUUACACACAAGAUCUCACAUUAAGAGAACGUUAUACACCGCCAUGCCCUUCUAGUCGAACAUAUAAAGGAAAUAGGACGCUCAAACCGUACAUAUUCACCGAUACAGCCGGUGGAGGUCGACGGGGCUUUUUUUAACAGCAAGAUCUUGGGUUGUUUCUUUUUUUGGGAGCUUACGAGACCGGACGAUAUACUGUUUUUUGACAUUCCGAGGCUGAAAACCUCCUUUCAGACUUUGUAAGAGUAUUUGUGACGUAGGUGACCGUCAAAAGAGGAACUCGGUCCGUAGCUACUUCGGUUCUAUAUCGCCAGUUUUUCAAAACCACGAUACUCAGUGUUCCACAUCAAGAUUCGCAACCUGGACUCUCCUUCACACAUUCAAGGUUCACGACCGCCAUACACCACCCAUCUUGUCUCACUGCUCAAAAAUGGAAGUAGAAACUCAAUCCCACAGCAGCAGCAGCACAUCCCACCACACCCGUCCCCGUUACCGCCGUCAUCAUCCCGCACCCACCAGCAGCACUCUACCUCACCGCCCCAUCUCAUCUCCAACACCAUUCUGGAACUACCUUCGUCCCCCGCCGCCUCCCUACUUUUCAGGCGACCCAUACCCAUACGCUCCGUUAUCCCGACAUGCACCCUACUCUCGGCGUCCUCAGCACCGUCGCAUGAUGCCAACAGAUCUCGUAGACGAUGCACAUCCAUUUUGGCGAUACACGCAUUAUCCUUAUCCGUCCCUCUCUCGGUCACUGUACUCGAAAUUCCCGGAUGGCGGUGUCGGAUUGACAGAUAUGAGAGACGGCGUUGCUGCUCCAAAAGAGUUAAAAUUGGCCGAUGAGUGCAAUGGUGUUUUAACCUAUCUGAAUCCAGAGACCAACUUUUAUUACGCUUUUUGCCGGAAUGACGAUAACCCGCCCGUAUUCCUUCCCGCCCUUUCCCGAAUUUUUUACAAUACCAGCAUCCCAGGAGACAGAAUCAUUGUGGCGGAGGAUGCAGAGUUUAUAAUGAAGAACGCAGCGACGAGCGGCGUUGGAGGUGGGAAUCGAGUUGGAGCAACCGUGGGAUUGUCAAGUGCUGCUCAGUCAUCAUCUUCUUUGAGGAAGAAAAGGAGAAGGAGUGAUGAGGAGGGGCAACAAAGAGCGGAGAAGAAGAGAAAGUAGCAAGUUCGGCUUUAGUUUGGGUGAUUGUUUGGAAUUUUUUUUUUUUUGUUGAUGAUGGGAUUUUGGGUCGUUUGGAUGACGACUUUAUGCUUUGAACCUGCCCGCGCCUUGUUUCUGAGACGUCAGAGUGUCCUCAAGCUGCAAUGCAGCCGAUACCCCAGGUUAAUUUCUUCAAUAAAG